UGUAAACUGUGACUUCGAAAUUCACCCCCAGUACUAUUCAAAUAAACAGACCCCGAUGGACGAGUUUCGCUGAUAUGAAACCUGCCGGUAUGGAUCCUGUAUAGAACAGGCUAUCCCAAAGCGGCAAUAUCCGCUCUUCCCCACGUGAUGCGAACCAAAUGCCCACAGAUUCCAGAACUUGUUCCUGUUUCAGCGAUAUACAGCCCCGCCUGGCAUUCAAACCAGAUUCAACACUACUGUCCGUUUUGCCCGAUUUUAGCAAACCGACAUCAUGGUUCAGAUCAAGGAUUUUGCUGUGGAACAAUGGAUGGACAAGUACGAGACUACGGCCAAAUUCAACGUGGCAGAGACCUGCAGCGCCUCACUGUCGGUUCGAGAUCUCCAAACUCUUUCCGAGGAUCCAUCAUUGCAUCCGCUGGACGAUAUUCUUGACCGCAAGCUCACAUAUGGUGCCAUUCGCGGCUCUGAACAACUACGGACGACGCUGGCCAAUCUGUAUUCUGUGAGAACACCGACUCCAUUACCCGCGGACAAUGUAUUGGCCACUGCAGGCGCAAUUCAAGCGAACUUUCUUUUGCUGUAUACAUUAGUUGGGCCUGGAGACCAUGUUAUCUGCCACUACCCCACAUAUCAACAACUUUACUCGGUCCCGACGUCGCUUGGGGCCGAUGUGAGCCUAUGGAAGUCAAAGGAGGCGGAAGGGUGGAAAUUAGAUCUCGAUGAAUUAAAGGCCCUCAUCCAGCCGAAUACCAAGCUUAUCAUCCUCAACAACCCGCAGAACCCCACUGGGGCUAUUAUUCCCCAGGAAACGCUGGACGAGAUAGUGGAGAUUGCCCGUAGCUCGUCAAUCUAUAUAUUUUGUGACGAAGUCUAUCGCCCGCUCUUCCACUCCAUCACUCCGAUGGACCCAGAGUUCCCUUCGUCCGCUCUGUCUCUCGGUUAUGAGCGCACUAUUGUUACAGGUUCCAUGUCAAAGGCAUAUAGCCUAGCUGGUAUUCGAGUGGGGUGGAUUGCAUCCCGAGAUCGUUCGGUGAUUGAGGCCUGCGCCUCGGUCCGCGACUAUACCACCAUAUCCGUCUCGCAACUCGACGAUGCGGUUGCAAGCUAUGCUCUGGCGCCGACCACCAUCCACGCACUGCUGAGGCGGAAUAUAGAGCUCGCAAAGCGUAACUUUGCGAUCCUCGACAAGUUCAUCGAGUCCCAUCGGUGGGCGUGCGACUGGGUAAAGCCCCGAGCGGGGACAACCGCGUUUGUACGGUUCAACAAGAUGGGCAAGCCUGUAAAUGAUGUCACCUUCUGUGAGACGCUCCUGGAGCGGACCGGACUGAUGUUUGUUCCUGGAAGCCUAUGCUUUGGUAAUGGGGAGGAAUUCCAUGGCUACGUGCGGAUCGGCUACGUGUGUGAGACGCAGGUGCUGGAAGACGGGCUCGCGGCAUUGGGGGAAUUCCUGGAAGAGGGAUAUGAAGAUGUACCUGUGGUGAAAAAGACGGCGCAGGCCUGACCUAUACGUAGAUACACCAUAUAUCUGAUUCUACACGUCGAACGCAUUUUAGCCCUUGCAGCAGCAGCAUGUGACGGCAUUUGUACGGUGUAGCCUGUAGGCGCGGUGUAUAGCAGUGCUCAGCAGUCUCCGAGCCCGAACAAUAAUAUCAAUGAAACUCCGCAGUCCAUUUACUAUUAUUAGGGGGGAUCAGCUGCACUCCACAUUUCUC